AUGGUUUUCCGUCUAUCUUCGUUUCUUGUUCCAACGCACUCUAUUUUGCGAAAUUUAGCGUUUGGAAAUAUACCUAAAAAUCAUAUUUUAAAGCAGAAUUGUUACUUCAGAAAAUUAGUUCCUCACGUUUCUUCACGUGGUUUACUUUCUACACCUUCAUUACAAUUUGCUGCCGUUUCUGACCAAAGACUUACUGAACCACGAUUUGUAGAAGAAACCGAUGUUGUGAUAGUUGGUGGGGGACCAGGAGGGUUAUCUGCUGCAAUUCGACUAAAGCAACUUGCAAAUGCUGAAGGAAAAGAAAUCAGAGUAGUCGUAAUUGAAAAAGCCAGUGAACUUGGGGCUCAUACAGUUUCAGGUGCAGUUAUAGAACCUCGAGCUCUUAAUGAAUUAAUUCCUGAUUGGAAAGAACGAGGUGCUCCUUUAAACCAACCAGCAACAAAAGAAAGUUUAAUAUUCUUCACCAAGAAUCGAGCCAUUCCUCUUCCAACUACAAUUAUACCACAAUUGUCAAACGAAGGUAAUUACGUUGUCAGUUUGAACAAUUUUGUAAAAUGGUUGGGUACUCAAGCCGAAGAAAUUGGUGUUGAAAUAUACCCUGGUUAUGCCGCAAGUGAGGUUUUAUAUAAUGAAGAUGGCAGUGUACGUGGUAUCGCUACUAAUGACAUGGGUCUCGAUAAAAAUUUUAAACCAAAAAACAAUUUUGAACGUGGAAUGGAAUUUCAUGCCAAAAUCACUCUUUUUGCUGAAGGCUGUCAUGGUUCUCUUACUAAAACAUUGAUUAGAAAAUUUAAUCUUCGCGAAGGUAAACAACCUCAAACAUAUGGAAUAGGGAUAAAGGAAGUGUGGGAGAUUGAUCCAGCAAAAGCCAAACCAGGAUAUACUGCACACACAGUAGGAUAUCCGAUGGACUGGAAAACAUAUGGAGGAGGAUUUUUGUAUCAUAUGGAGAAUAAUAUCGUGCAAGUAGGAUACGUUGUAGGGUUAGAUUACCAGAAUCCAUACUUGAACCCUUAUAAAGAAUUUCAGAAUUGCCUUUUAGGUGGUAAACGCAUUUCAUAUGCUGCAAGAGCUAUCAAUGAAGGAGGUUAUCAGUCAAUUCCUAAAUUAAUAUUUCCCGGUGGAGCUCUUAUUGGAUGCACAGCAGGAUUUUUGAAUGUAGUAAAAAUUAAAGGCACACAUACAGCAAUGAAAUCAUCCAUGCUAGCAGCUGAAGCAGCCUAUGAAGCUAUUACAUCUAAGAAUUCUACAAAUGAACCUAUUACUUUAACUGCAUAUGAAGAAUCUAUCAAAGAAUCGUGGAUUUACGGAGAACUAUAUAAAGUACGAAAUGUACGUCCUUCUUUUAAUAAUCCUCUAGGUGUUUGGGGAUUUAUAUUCUAUACAGGAUUGGAUUUGGUGAUUUUAAGAGGUCAUGCACCAUGGACAUUCAAGCAUCACGAAGAUCAUGCUUGUACGAAACCGGCAAAAGAAUGUAAGCCGAUAGAAUAUCCAAAAUCUGACGGUGUGAUAACGUUUGAUCUUUUAGAUAGUGUUUCUUUAAGUAACACUAGCCACAAAGAAAACCAACCAGUGCAUUUACGUGUAAGGGAUAAAAGUAUUCCUGUCGAGAGGAAUUUGAAAAUAUUUGAUGGUCCAGAACAAAGAUUCUGUCCAGCCGGUGUAUAUGAAUUUGUAGAUGACGAAGAAAACUCAGGGCAGAAACGUUUACAAAUCAAUUCACAAAAUUGUGUACAUUGUAAAACCUGCGAUAUCAAAGACGUUUCGCAGAACAUUGAUUGGGUUACACCAGAAGGUGGUGAUGGUCCUAAAUAUGUUUUGACUUAA